AGGGCAGAGGGGGAGGAGAAGGGGAAGAGCAGAGAAGAGAAGGGGUUGGAGGGAGAGAGGCUGGAAGCGAGGGUAAGGUGGAGACCAGGAGAGCAGCGAGGGCAAGACUAUCGUGCGUGAGCAUAAUUCGUUGUUGUCUCUGUGGCUCCUUGCCUUUCUCCUCUUCUUUUAACCUGUACCACUACUACUGCCCCUACUACCCGCGUUUUCCACUUAGAUUCCUACGAAGAUUUUUUUCUCAAAUUUAAUUUUCUUCGAUGGCUGGUGAUGGCGAAGAUGAUCGCAAUGAGAUAGAGAAGGAUCGACGCAAGCGCCUCGCCGUCUCCCCUAUUGCUAAACCCCUCGCCGGGAAAAAGCUUACAAAGAAGACUCUUAAGGUUGUCAAAAAAGCUGCAUCGUCGAAGCAGCUGAAACGAGGGGUCAAGGAAGUUGUCAAAGCAAUCCGGAAAGGGCAGAAAGGGUUGGUUGUUAUUGCUGGGGACAUCUCACCUAUUGAUGUUAUAACACACGUACCUAUUCUCUGUGAGGAUGCCAAUAUUCCUUACAUAUACGUUCCUUCUAAGGAGGACUUAGGGGGAGCAGGAUCUACGAAGAGACCCACUAGCUGUUUACUUGUAUUACCAGCCCCACCCAAUGGUGGAGUGAGUGAAGAGGAAAGUGCCAAGUUCAAAGACAGCCUUGAUGAAUUAGUUAAGGAAGUGAAGGUCUUGUCGCAGGCAAUUUAUGCGUGACUACGGUACACCUCCUAGAGGCACACUGCGUCCUUUCUAGAUACGACUGGAGUUUCAUUUUAGGCUGUCUGAAUCCGGUGAUGUCAAGCCCCUAUGCUAACUAUGUAUAACGAAGCUAGGUGUUUUACAAGCCUUUAUUUCCUUCAGACUAUCCGACUUCUUUAUUUCACAAGUCGAUAUUUACAUCCAUGCCUGAUACACCAUUUAGUCGAUAAACAGUGAACAGUCCUCAAGCUUAGAAGUGUAAACGAAUUUAGCGGUGUGAUCCGGCACUUUCAUUACCUUGCAUGGUUGUACUUCCAAUUCUAGUAAAUACGCGAAAAAACACCUGAAUCAUAGUCAUUUCCGUUUCA